AUAGAAGGUUUGAUUUUCUUUUGGAACAUUUAUCUACCGAUAUUAUGAAUUGUUUCAAUAUAUUUUGUUUGCUAUUCAUAGCUAUCAACGGUAUAUUUGCCGCCAGAGAAGAUGAUAGGGUCACCUUCCUGCCUAGAUUGGACGGUCCUCAACCUACGUUCAGGCAUUACGCCGGCUAUUUGAAAGCCACCGAUAAAAGAAAUUUUUUCUACUGGUUCGUAGAAUCAGAAUCCGAUCCACAGAAUGAUCCUGUUGUUUUAUGGUUGAAUGGUGGUCCAGGUUGCAGUUCCAUGACUGGUAAACUAAUCGAAUUGGGUCCAUGGCGUGUCAAUAAACAAGGCCGUUUAAGCUGGUUCGAAGAAAGAUGGAAUAAACACGCAAAUAUUAUAUUUAUGGAAAGUCCAGCUUGCGUUGGUUUUUCAUACGACGACGACAGCAAUUGCGCAACCAGCGACGACGAAACUGCCGAACAUAAUUACAACGCAAUGAAAGAUUUCUUUGUAGGUUGGCCCGAAUUGGUUGAUAACAUCUUAUACAUAACAGGUGAAAGUUACGCUGGGGUAUAUGUACCAACUCUAUCCGUGCUUUUAGCUAACGACGCAAGCUUAAACUUUAAGGGAAUGGCAAUUGGAAAUCCAGUAAGUAACAGAAGAAUGAUGACAAAUUCUUUAACCUAUUUCGCGUAUUCAAGGGGAAUAAUUGGUGUCGAGAUGUGGAAUGACCUAUUAGACAAUUGCUGCGUGGAUAGAAACGCUACUGACUGCAACUUCUAUAGGAGUGAGGAUGAUCAAUGCGCUGUUCUUUCGAGUGAAGUAAAUAGACAAAUCUGGAGAAAUGGUUUAAAUCCUUACAAUCUCUAUGAUACAUGCUUUGGGGGCGUCCCUUCUCAUGAUGAUGGUAUUCUAAAAAAAGAAGGAAAUAUCAUUGAAAUAGCACCAAUUGAUAUGCUGCCUCCAGAUUUCGAUAUUGAUAGAUAUCAAGAGAAUAUCAGAGAUUAUAUAAAAAAGGGUUACCAAGUCCGCUCGAGAAUACCAUGUUCCGAUUCAUCUGGAAGAGAAUCAUUUUUGAAUGAUGUAGAAGUAAGAAGAGCACUGCAUGUAAAAGAUGGUUUACCGCAGUGGCAGCCUUGCAGUGCUAUAGUAAGUGCGCAAUAUAUCCGUCAAUAUACGGAUUUAAAACCUCAGCAUAUGGAAAUUUUGGAAAAGGGACACAGAGUUUUAAAAUAUAGCGGUGAUUUGGAUAUGGCUUGCAAUCAUUGGGGAGAUCUAUGGUUCAGCGAAGAUCUCGGAUUAGAGGUAUAAAAAUUGCUUUCUAAUUGCUUACUUUUUAGACUAUUUUGUAUCGUUCUAUUGAAAUUUACCACGGCUAACUCCUCCUCUUCGAUCUGAUUUUACCCGCGUUUAACACUCGUCUCUCUCUCUCCCUUCCCUUUCUCUACCUUUCCUCCUAUUUUUUCAAAUAUGCACAUAUUAUAUAUAUAUAUAUAUUUUUAUAGUAUUACUAUAAAAUAUUGACAUUAU